GUGCGUCAGCAGAUGGAGGAGCAGGUGGCUCAGAAGUCCAGUGAACUGGAGCAGUACCUGCAGCGCGUCCAGGAGCUGGAGGACAUGUACCAUCGGCUGGAGGAGGCCUUAGAGGACGAGAGGCAGGCGAAGCAGGACGAGGAGGCCAUGCAUAAGCUGCAGGCUAGGCUGCUUGAAGAGGAGGCAGCAAAGAGAGCAGAGCUGGAGCAGAUCCACCUGCAGCAGCAGAGGGCGCUGUCUCAGACUGAGGCGGAGAAGCAGGAGCUGGUGGCCGAGCGGCUGGCCAAGGAGAGAGACUUGCAGGCAGCCAUGCAGCAGCUGGAGAGGCUGGAGAGGGAGCGGCACGGAGCGCUGGAGCAGUACGAG